GCGCUGAAGGGCAGCGUCCACCACACGACAAGGUCGCAGCGCAUCGCUCAGGUUAAAGCCACCAGUCAUAGCAAGCUGAGUCAGACGUUCCCUCGACAGCCUGCGUCAGACGUUCCCUCGACAGCCUGCGUCAGACGUUCCCUCGACAGCCUGCGUCAGACGUUCCCUCGACAGCCUGCGUCAGACGUUCCCUCGACAGCCUGCGUCAGACGUUCCCUCGACAGCCUGCGUCAGACGUUCCCUCGACAGCCUGCGUCAGACGUUCCCUCGACAGCCUGCGUCAGACGUUCCCUCGACAGCCUGCGUCAGACGUUCCCUCGACAGCCUGCGUCAGACGUUCCCUCGACAGCCUGCGUCAGACGUUCCCUCGACAGCCUGCGUCAGACGUUCCCUCGACAGCCUGCGUCAGACGUUCCCUCGACAGCCUGCGUCAGACGUUCCCUCGACAGCCUGCGUCAGACGUUCCCUUCUAUUGCUUCCCAUCCCAGAUCAAAAUCCUUUCAUUCACUCCACAUUCGACAUCAGAUCUCCCCCUGUUAA